GAGACCCUAUGUCCCCCCAUGGUGGGGGCAGCUUGCUUGGUUUGUCGUCUUCGCUGUUAUGUUGCUGCUUGCUGUACUGGGAAAUACUCUUGUCAUAUGGAUUGUCUUAGCUCACCGUCGUAUGCGUACAGUGACGAACUGUUUCCUCGUGAACCUGGCUGUGGCAGAUCUUCUUAUGGCAACGCUCAACGGAGCACCAAACUUCGUGUUCUUGGUCACAGCACAUUGGCCCUUUGGUGCCGUGACCUGCACAGCAAGCAACUUUACAGCGAACCUUACUGUGUCGGCUGGGGUGUUCACGCUUGUCGCCAUUACUGUUGACAGAUACGUUGCGAUAGUCAAGCCACUCCAACACAGGUUGAGUCGUCGUGUGGCGAGAGCUGCAUUAUUCACAGUGUGGUUUGCAAGUGCAUUGUUAGCGAUACCCAGUUUACUCUACUCUGAUACUUAUAAGAAAAAGUACAUUAAUGGCGAGCGAGAAAUAUGUUUUAUGAAAUGGCCAGAUGGGAGCUAUCCUACUUCUAAAACGGAUUAUUGUUAUAACCUGGUGUUUCUGGGUGUGACCUAUGUGCUGCCAAUGUCGGUGAUGGUAUGGGCCUACGCCAAGAUGAGUGCCGUCCUUCGGGGAAGGACUAUUGGAGAGUGUACCCAUCAUCAGAUGCAGGUCGUCAGAGCUAAGAGAAAGGUUGUCCGAAUGUUCGUGUUAGUGGUGAUGGUAUUCGCGUUAUGCUGGCUACCGUAUCACGCAUACUUCGUUCUGGUGUACCACCACCAGUCUCUAGCCUCAGCGCCAUUCGCACAGCAUACAUAUCUGGCCUUCUACUGGCUGGCCAUGGCCAACUCUAUGUUCAAUCCUCUGAUCUACUAUUGGAUGAGUAACAAGUUCAGAAUAUAUUUCCGUUUGGUGCUGUGUUGGUGUCAAACUGUGAAAACUGCGACACCUGACGAUCUCAGAAAACAAUUAGAACUGAACAAAUCAUUUUCAGCGAGCCACAGACAUUGCCGCGAAGCGUCGUCGUUCACGAGAGCCUGACAUUCGCGACGUCGGAGCAAUCCGUCACGCUCCCUUACGCCGAAUGGGCAGUCGAACUUUACGUUUGCGAUGACAAAUGGAAACUCGGUAAAAACGAGAAAACGCAGUGAAGAAACCAAGGACGGCUUUG